AUGAAGUUCUUCGCUGCUCUCGUCGCCCUCCUUCCCGCGGCCGCCCUCGCCGCUCCUUCUCUGGUCGCCCGCCAGAGCGCAGCGCACCCGUUCGUCAUGGACAGCGUCGCCUGCGGCUGCGUCAACGCCAGCGGUCAGAUGGACAACCACGGCGACUGCAUCUACGUGGCUGGUGACACCAGGGCAAACGUUGGCGAUGUCUCUGGCCUUUGCUACAAGAGGGUUUCCUGGGCCCGCGACAUGCCCAGCGUCUUCACCGCGGAGUUCUGCGCCAACAAGUGGAUCAACGGCGUCAAGGGCGCCACGCCUGUCUGCAAGCCCGUCAAGCUGUGCGACAACUACGACGGCGGCUGGGCUCCCUGCAACCUUUGA